GCUGCAUGGUAAACGUUGUUGCGUGCAGGAGCCAUAAAUUUAUUGCUCCAGUGCUGACAGUUCAAUUAAAAAGAACAAACCUAGCAUUUCAUCGGUGACAAAGAAUUUUGCAAAUAAGCAAUGGCGUAAGGUCACUAGUAGUUAGGUGCACUCAGCCAAUUAUCUUUAAGUCUUUAAGAAUUUUGCAAAUCAUUGGAUUCGUGUCUAAAUAUUCUUCAGUCAAACCAAUCAAUUCCUGUAAUUCCUCUUAUCAUAGUGAGUUUAAACAUACAAAGUGAAAAAACUAUAAGAUAAGGUCUAAAGUCAUAUAGAGAGAGAAAGAAAGAGAGAGAGGAAGAAAAAGAGAGAGAGAGAGAGAGAAUUGUGCAAAUGACGUGUUAAGUUUCCGUGAAAUUUGUUACAUAGUUAUCGUGAAAAGAUGAGCAUGAAUGAAAAUGAAACUGUCGAAGAAUACGAACCUUCUAUUAGGAAUGUGAUCGAGCAACAUUCUCUGCGAUGGAUAUUUGUAGGCGGCAAAGGUGGAGUUGGAAAAACAACUUGCAGUUGCUCUCUAGCGGUACAGCUAUCCAAAGUUAGGGAGAGUGUUCUUAUUAUAUCUACAGACCCAGCACAUAAUAUUUCUGAUGCCUUUGAUCAAAAAUUUAGCAAGAUACCUACAAAAAUAAAGGGUUUUGAUAACUUGUUUGCAAUGGAAGUUGAUCCUAAUGUUGGUAUUACAGAAUUACCAGAGGAAUAUUUUGACGGUGAAGCAGUUUCAGGAGGAGAAGCAAUGAGAUUAAGCAAAAAUGUUAUGCAAGAAAUUGUUGGUGCAUUUCCUGGUAUAGAUGAGGCAAUGAGCUAUGCAGAAGUUAUGAAGCUUGUGAAAGGAAUGAAUUUUUCUGUUGUGGUAUUUGAUACUGCACCUACUGGACAUACUCUGAGACUACUAUCAUUUCCACAAGUAGUUGAGAAAGGAUUGGGGACAUUAAUGCGUCUGAAGAUGAAGAUUAGCCCUUUCGUUACACAGAUAAGUUCAUUGUUGGGAAUGACAGAUUUCAAUGUGGAUACAUUCUCGAAUAAAAUGGAGGAAAUGCUUGCUAUUAUUCGACAAGUUAAUGAACAAUUUCGAAAUCCUGAUCAGACAACUUUUAUAUGUGUCUGCAUAGCAGAAUUUUUAUCUCUCUACGAAACAGAACGACUUGUACAAGAAUUAACAAAAUAUGGUAUCGAUACCCAUAACAUUAUAGUAAACCAAUUGUUGUUUUUAAAAGAUGGAGACAUUCCUUGUCGGCUUUGUCUUGCCAGACACAAAAUACAAAAUAAGUAUUUAGACCAGAUAAUGGAUCUUUACGAGGACUUCCACGUUACACGGCUUCCUUUAUUGGAGAGAGAAGUGCGCGGUGUUGCACAAGUUAGAGAAUUUUCAGAAAAUCUUAUUAGACCAUAUAAGCCUUAGCAUUUGUAUAAUUAAUGUUUAAUAAUAAGUAACAUAAUAUACUUUACACGAAAUCUGAAGUUUUAUGUAUUUGCAAUCUCAUGUUGCAAUUAUGUUUGGAACUUAAAAAAACAGCUAUAUCAUAUAUAUCUUAAGUUAAGGCAUUUGUUAUCGCACAUAUUGUAUUAAUAAAUUCAAUAUUACUUUUCUGCGUAAUA